CAUCCCAUCCCAGCCACAUUGUCUUUACCUUAUACGCUGAACAUUAUUGAACAUUCGGUGUAACGUCAAGAUUUCAUGAAUUUUCGAAUUUUCUAUUUGAUUUGUGUUUCGGGAUUAUAGUUUCGUUUAUCGAUUUAUCUACGGAGAGUCGUCACAGGCAGGCACUUGAGGGGUACAGACAUGGAUCCACAACCGGGCAUGGACAUCAUCACACCUUUCCCGACAAUAUACCCACCCACCGAUGACUACAGCGACCUCAAAGUAAGCCCCGACAAGAAGAAGUGCAACCAGUACGUGCUCCAGAACAAGACCCACUUCAUCUACGGGGGCUAUGAGGGCAUUCCCGAGAACUUGCUGAUCAACUUCUUGGGAUGGAUUUUGCUCAUGUGUCUUUUUACGGUGUUGAGAAAAAAGGCGUGGAAUUAUGGCCGUUUGGCGCUGGUUCAGAAGUACGAGAGCAGGACAAAGCAUCUUGGCUUCAGUCAGUACAAUGUGUGGACACAAAUCUUCUACGGGAAGGACAGCGACAUGGGCAAGAUUGCUGGGGAGAAUGACUCCGUGAGCUCCUUGGAGUUCAACGCGCACAUUGACAAAGGGCUGUUCUCGUGGAUUCCAGCCCUGUUCAAGAUCAAAGAUGAGCAGAUCCUAGCCAAGAGUGGUAAGGACGCGGUACAGUACCUGUCCUUUCAGUCGCACAUCAUAGUGUACAUGAUGAUAGUUUGUGUCAUCAGCAUUGUGAUCGUGCUGCCCAUCAACUUCCAGGGGACGCUGGAGGGGGGUGAGAAGGAGUUCGGCCACACCACCCUCGCUAAUCUCGCCCCACAGUCACGGCUGAUGUGGGUCCACGUGACGCUUGCUUUCCUCUUUCUCCCGCUUGGCAUCUUGUUCACACGGCGGUUCUCCAAAAAGCUGGAGCUGAGGGAGGUGGCCACCACUGUCUCGCGCACUCUCAUGAUCACCCACGUGCCGAGGAGGUCUUGCCACAAGGACACGCUCCUGAGACACUUCCAGGAAGCUUACCCAGAUGUAGAGGUCACAGACGUUCAGUUCGCAUACAACAUUCGGUCACUCCAAGCCUUUGCGAAAGAAAAGGAAGUGGCUCAUAAUGCAAGGAUACACUGUGAAUCUUACAUGAAGGAGACUCACAGACGGCUUGAUAUGAGACCGUACAAGUGUGGUGUUGUGUGUGGCUGCUGCGACAUCUUCGGCUGUCCAACGGUGGAUGCCAUUGAGUAUUACAUAGAGGAGGAAAACCGCCUGGCCAAUGAAGUGGAGAACGAAAAGCUAAAGGCCUUGCAGAGGCCGACCGGCGUGGCGUUUGUAACCUUCGACAGCAUAGAGAAUGCCAAGAGAGUCCUCCAAGACCACAGGGCAAAGUGCGACUGCUUCUACAGCCCGCCCACGUCCUCUGCGUCAGUUGACCUCAAGCCACACAACUGGAUCAUCAGGGUUGCUCCAGUCCCUGAUGAUAUUUAUUGGCACAACCUGUCCGUCACAACACGUCACUGGUGGCUGAAGGCAAUUCUGAUCAACAUCAUGUUAUUUUUGGUGUUGUUCUUCCUCACAACACCUGCUGUUAUCAUCAAUGGUCUGGAUAUUGUUCCCCUUACUGGGCGACUGAGUAACAUGAGCCCAGUGCUGUCAGAGUUCUUACCCACCCUACUCCUGUGGACUAUGGCUGCUCUCCUGCCGGUGAUUGUGUCGUACUCGGACCAGUUUAUGUCCCAUUGGACGCGCUCAGCCGAAAACCACUCCAUCAUGAGGAAGACCUUUGUCUUUCUUCUGUUCAUGGUCAUUAUCCUCCCAUCUCUAGGACUCACCAGUGCCAAGGGUUUCUUGGAAUGGCUCAUGCAGUCCCAGUCUCAGAAUGAGACCUUCCGCUGGGAAUGUAUUUUCCUCCCUGAUAAUGGUGCAUUCUUCGUCAAUUACGUCAUCACCUCGGCAUUCAUCGGAACAUCGCUUGAGUUGAUUCGAUUCCCAGAGUUGUUUAUGUACAUGGUUCGGCUCGGGCUAUCGAGAUCCGAAGCAGAGACAGCAAGUGUUAGAAAAGCUAUUCUCUACGAGUUCCCAUUUGGUGUCCAGUAUGCUUGGAUGCUGCUUAUUUUCGCCAUGACUAUCAUUUACUCUGUUUCUUGUCCUCUCAUCACACCCUUUGGUACUCUGUACAUGAUCUUCAAACACCUGGUUGACAAGUAUAAUAUAUACUUUGCCUACGGACCUUCAAGAAUUAACAAGAACAUUCAUACCUCAGCCAUUAAUUUUGUGAUAGUCUCGAUUGUAUGUCUGCAGUUAAGCCUGCUCUUCUUCUCUCUUGUGAGGCAAGGGUUGAAAAGAGAUAUAACUAUAUACAGCAUUAUUCUGCUGAUUAUAACAUGCGUUGUAUUUGUCACACACAAUGCAUUCCAUUGGUUUAAGGAUCUCAGCCCAGUGGAAUACAAGAAAUUUGGAAAUGGAUCUGCCAAUGGAGAUACUACAUCAGUCAAUGAUGAUGAAAGCACAACAGAAGUGGCAUGCCAGUUUGUGCCAGCAGUGUUACGAGAUGCCCCCAGUGGAGUGGAGAGCAGCUAUGACUAUAUAAACCAGCCACGGAGCUAUGGCACACGGCCCAGAGAUGAAAAUGGGCUGACGAAUGAAGCAGCAGUUAGGAGCGAUGAAGACAGCCCGCGGGCGAGACAAUCUAGUCUCUAUCAAGAUUAUUCCCAAGCAAAGGUGACGACAAUAAGUGCAGAGAUCAACGUCCCCCCCUCCAAGACGCAGGGAGAAGAGGAGCAAGAGGAGGAGGAGGAGGAGACCGUUUACACCCGAGCAUCCCCCAGACAACCAUCGCCCACGGUCAUCACUGUCGAUGGCACCAUAACUGCGCCUGGGUCAUCACCACCAACCCAUAGCAACCAAAGACUCGUGUACUCUAGCCUUGUUGAUGACAGUGCACCUGCAACCAACGUUUAGGUCUCUUAAGUGCUUCUUUGUCACCUAGUGUUAAAAAAAAAGGGAGAGCGAGAGAGAGAGA